AUGGAUUUAAAGUCCGAGUGCGUCCCCGUUUCGUGUAAUUCUGCAUGGUCUCCACAACGAAUCGGUCUUUCUCUUAUAAACUCGCCAACCAAAAAUGCGGACAAAUCUGGCGAUUUAAGAGCAAAAUUAUCGCUCAAUGAAACGAAGCUUGGGCCUGAAGUUGUUUUGGAGGAUGCCCACACAUCCUUUUGUCAAAAAACGCAGGGCGGUUAUGGAUAUGACAUCGGAAUACAUUGGAGAAUAUUAGCUGCUAUCCUUUAUGGAAUAUAUACAUGGUUCCCCCUCAAUACGACCUCCCGCAUUGUUGGAAAGUUGUCUCAAGUGCCGCUGCCAAGAUUUCUUCGGGGACCAGUAAUGCGGGCCUACGCUUGGAUCUUUAGUGUCCGUCUGGAAGAAGCUGAAUUUCACAAUGACUUGGCCAGAUACAAUAGCAUUUCCCAUUUUUUCCGUCGUCGGCUUAUUCCUAGCGCACGCCCGGUGGACCCUAGUUCCUGUUUAACAAGCCCAGCUGACGGCAAAGUGAUUUCUUGUGGCCGAGUCAGAGAGGGGCAUUUGGAGCAAGUGAAGGGUCUCGCUUACACGCUGCGCGCCCUCCUCGGCCCUCACGCCCGUCUUGGUAAGCAGUUUGAGCCUGGUGUGCGACGCGCCAUGACUCUGCCCUCCCGACUGGACACUUUGGAUCAUGGAGAGGAUGCAGUGCCGUCCUCACACCCCCCUUCCUUCACAAAUGUCCUUUACCACUGCGCCAUUUACCUCGCUCCCGGUGACUAUCAUUGCUUCCAUUCACCAGCCGACUGGAAAAUCGACAUGAGGCGACACUUUCCGGGUCGUCUCUUUUCAGUGUGCUCUCUUGUGACAAGCUGGCUGAAUGGCGUGUUUUGUAUCAAUGAAAGGGCUGUGUACAUGGGUAACUGGAUGUAUGGGUUUUUCGCCUUCGUGGCUGUAGGCGCCACCAAUGUUGGCAGCAUUCAUGUUUUCUCUGACCCAGAUCUUGUUACGAAUCGGCUGCCGGGCUACCUGCGCUACCUCUUUUCUUCCCGACGAGGUGUCAAAGUCAACAGAGACGAUUCCGCCUCUAGUCUCGAGCGUGGUUCAAUGCCUGUGAUUAUGAAGAUGGGUGGAUACGAGGACGUUCACUUUCCCGAUCCAAUAGCCGCAACAAAAGGAGAGCUUUUUGGAGAGUUUAAUUUCGGUUCCACAAUAGUUCUCAUAUUUGAAGCACCAGAAGAAUUCGAGUUCUCUGUGAGACAAGCUGACAGAGUUCGUGUCGGGCAGCCACUAGGUCACGUAACUUCCGCAACUUAA